AUGGCUCAAGACAAAGUCAUUCCGACCGAGCAAGGACUUGCCGGUCUGGAUUUGAACGAUCCUCAGAUCCACGAGCUUAUCCAACGUGCCCAAGAUGCAGAUGCUGCUGACAAGAAGCUGACGGUUAAGGAAGCCCUCAAGAAGUACAAGAAAGCUGUGUUUUGGGCAUGCCUUUUGUCCGUCAGCUUGAUCAUGGAGGGCUACGAUCUGGUCAUGAUCGGCUCCUUUUAUGGACAGACCCAAUUUCAGCAACACUUUGGAGAGUACAGCGAGGUUGAAGGCAAAAAGGUCAUCACUCCUGCUUGGCAAUCAGGCCUCUCCAACUCAGCCCAAGUUGGCCAACUGGCCGGUCUCUUGAUCAACGCAUACUCUCAAGAUCGAUACGGCGCUCGGUUGACUAUGAUGGUCUUCAUGGCUUAUCUGACUUGCAUGAUCUUCAUCAUUGCCUUUGCCCCCUCUCUGUCUAUUCUGGCUUUGGGUGAAGCACUCUGUGGAGUUGCCUGGGGCGUUUUUCAGACGCUCUCUACAACAUAUGCCUGCGAAGUCGUCCCCACCGUUCUCCGACCCUACGUUACAGCUUGGGUGUGUAUGUGCUGGGGAUUCGGUAUCCUCCUGUCGUCUGGAGUCGUUCGAGCGACUUCUGACAUCAAGAGCAAUCUCGCUUGGAGGCUUCCUUUCUAUCUCCAGUGGAUCUGGCCAGUUCCAUUGUUUCUGGUGGCGUACUUUGCUCCAGAGUCGCCUUGGAAUGCUGUCCGUCGUGGCAAGAUUGACGAAGCUCGCCAUAGCUUGAUGAGACUUGCUACAGCUUCGGCAGAUAAGGAGGCAGCUGUUGAAGCGAGCUUGGCCUACAUCAGACAUACAACAGAGCUGGAAAAAGCAGAGACGCAGGGUGCGUCUUUCUGGGAGUGCUUCAAGGGAACUAACUUGCGCCGGACAGAGAUCAACUGCGUCGUUUGGGCAGCCCAGAUUCUCUGCGGUAACGCGAUUCUCGGCUUCGUCAUCGUUUUCCUCCAAGCCGCUGGCUGGUCCGAGGUUCAGUCAUUCAACCUCAACAUCUCCCUUUCGGCAUGCUACAUCAUUGGCGGUAUGAUUUGCUGGCUUCUUUUCCCGCAUCUCGGCAGAGCCACCAUCUAUAUGAGUGGUCUCGCAUUCAUGUUUUGCUGCCUCCUGGCCAUCGGCGGUCUUGGUUGGUCUGAUAGCAAGGACGCCUACCUUGCCGUUGGACUGCUGUUUGUUGUCUCAACUCUUUGCAACAUGAUCACCAUUGGGCCAGUUUGCUAUCCAAUCGUCGCCGAAACACCCUCAGGACGACUCCGCUACAAGACAAUCGUCAUUGGCAGAUUUGUCUACAAUCUUACCGCGAUCUUCAACAACGCUGUUACACCACGAAUGAUCUCGGCUUCAGGAUGGGGCUGGGGUGCCAAAACCGGUCUCUUCUAUGCCGGUACCAACCUUCUUUGUUUCAUUUGGUGUUGGUUCCGCCUUCCGGAGACCAAGGACCGCACCUUUGGAGAAAUUGACAUCUUGUUCGAAAACAAGGUUCCCGCCAGGAAGUUCAAGUAUACCAAAGUUGAUCAAUUUGCUCAGCACAGUGACUACGUGUUUCAGGAAAAGGUUGAGCAUGAACAGAUUGAGUAA